GGCCAGCGUCAUCGCUUAAGUUUGGUUGACAGGUGACCCGGAAGUUAAGUUAUACACAGCCGGCGCUCCACAUAUCCUAUACUUUAUUUCUAAGUGGACAUCUAUCCGUUUUUCACUUACAGAAGCCUUAGACCUCAUGUGCUGCGUCACUCGCGUUUUAAGACACCACAGAGUGUAUUUACCUUUCUCUUUUGGAAAAUCAUUCCGGAAACGAAACCCUGAGAACAGGAAGUGAUUAAUAGUGAGCCAGCCGCUGGAUGUCAGGAAGGUCUGGGCGGGUCAGCUUCGGAACGGAAGAGGAGUGUGCGGAGCCCGAAGGUCUGUAAAGUGAAGCCCCUGGGAUCGGCAGAGUAAGGACCCUUGGCGGUUUUUCCGUAGAAGGUUUGAGGUGCCUUUUCAUUGGUUAAAAAAUGACUACUCUUGAAAGUUUACAAGCCAAAGUCACCCUCACUCCAGCCCCAGUCCGAGGAGCAGGAGAUGGAAUGGAAACUGAGGAGCCACCUAAAGCUGUUGAAGUUACCUCUGGAAUCCAGCCCGUGAAGCAUCACAUCCUUCAGAACCCACGGAAGAAAGCAGUUCCAGGAGACAGCCCAGGAGUUCUUCAGCUAGGGAAGAUCCUCGCUGAAAAGGCAGUGGAAGUCGAAGCCGUAAGAAUAUUAGUUCCCAAAGCUGCUAUAACCCAUGAUAUCCCCAACAAAAAUGCAAAGGUUAAGUCUCUGGGACAUCACAGAGGAGAAUUCCUUGGUCAGUCGGAGGGAGUUGGAGAACCCAGAAAGGAACUGUCAGAGGUAAAGAAUGUACUGGAGAAGCUCAAGAACUCUGAAAGAAGGUUAUUACAGGACAAAGAAGGUCUUUCAAACCAGCUCAGAGUACAGACAGAGGUCAAUCGUGAGUUAAAAAAGCUGCUAGUGGCUUCUGUUGGGGAUGAUCUUCAGUAUCACUUUGAACGUCUAGCCCGUGAGAAAAAUCAGCUUAUUUUAGAAAAUGAAGCCCUAGGUCAAAACACAGCUCAACUUUCUGAACAAUUAGAACGUAUGUCAAUACAGUGUGAUGUAUGGCGAAGUAAAUUCCUUGCGAGCAGGGUUAUGGCAGAUGAAUUAACCAACUCCAGGGCAGGCUUACAGCGUCAAAACCGGGAUGCACAGAGUGCCAUUCAAGAUCUCCUGAGUGAACGGGAACAGUUUCGUCAGGAAAUGAUAGCUACCCAGAAACUCUUGGAGGAGCUCUUAGUCUCUUUGCAGUGGGGAAGAGAGCAAACCUACUACCCAAGUACACAGCCUCACACCACGGCAGAACUAGCGUUAACAAAUCACAAGUUGGCAAAAGCGGUCAAUGCUCAUCUUCUGGGAAAUGUCGGUGCUAACGGCCAAAAAAAGGUUCCAUCGCCAGUUGAAUUCUGCAGCACCCCAGCAGAAAAAAUGGCUGAAACGGUUCUACGCAUUUUAGAUCCAGUUACCUGUACAGAAAGCUCACCUGACAACCCAUUUUCUGAGUCUUCACCAACCACCUUACUUGCCACAAAGAAAAAUAUUGGACGAUUUCAUCCCUAUACUAGAUAUGAAAACAUAACUUUCAAUUGCUGCAACCACUGCCAGGGAGAACUUAUUGUCCUUUAACAUUCAGUGUGUCGGAGGCACGCCACAGGCACUUGCUUCUCUGGGAGCUGGAGUUCUUACAGUGGUAGAAGUAAUAUCACUUUCUAUUUAUGUAAUCUAUAUCCCCAAAGAUGUUUUAUGUACUGGACCACAGAUUACCCGUUCUUAAUAAGUAUCUCAGGGUAAGAAAAGAAGGAAACUGUGUAGCUAUGUUUAAAGGAGAUGAUAACUUUGCAGGCACUGUAUGAUGCUUUUCCUAAAGGACUCUGAAAGAAAAAGAUUCCACCUUUAUUUUAAGCCCUAAGUUAUAUCUUGCUGUGUAUUUAAUAUGAGCAGACUUAACUUGUGGUACUCUUAAUGCAAGGUGGGUCAUAUGCGGCCACACCACUCAUUUACUGUUGUCUCUGGUUAUUUUCUGGUUUUUUGUUUUGUUUUUUUACACCACAGCAGUACAAUCGAAUAGAUGCAACAGGGCUUAUAUGGCCUGCAGAGCUUAAAAUAUUUCCUAUCAGGUCCUUUACAGAAAGUUUUCUGGCCCCUACUCUCAAGGAAUAAUAGCCAGGGGGAUGGGUGGAGGGAGUGUCCAUUCCCUUUUUGGUGAUUUUGUUGGGGCUACAAAGGAGGCUCAUGGAAAUACUAUGGGUGAAGGGACUAAUAUUUUAAAACCAAAUGCUACAUGUUAGGAAAAUUAAAAGUAUUUUACCAGCAUAUUAGCAAGUGUUUCAGCAAAACAUAUUAUGUUGGUUUUGUGUGGGGAAUGCCAUAGUUUGAAUGGGUGCAACUUGACAUAUAUAAAGAAAACAGAUUCCACUGAGCUCAUUUUGACAAAUGCAACACAGUAGGAAUAUCCAAUUUGAUAUAAAAUGUGGUAGAGAAAGUUGAAUCUUUCUGGAACAUUGUACAAAAUGAAAAAUGAAAUCCAUCAAUUAAUAAUUGUUUAUGAUGAACCAUCAUAAAACACCCUUUUUAUAGGUCUUUAAAAAUAUCCACAAUAUGUUUCCACCACAUUACACCAUAGUAGGUGCAGAACUGUCUAUCAAAAGAGAAAUCUUCUGAAGACAAAUCUGGUCAAAUAACAUAUUUUAAUGUCAACUUAAUGGGUUUUUUUGACUCAUCAGAGUUAUACUUUGAAAUGGCAAUAAAUUUCUCUACAUUCUUUA